AUGCUCUGCUUACUGAAGACCCAGGACGAGGCGCCGGAACCAGCUGAGCCACCGUGCCUCCUCCUGGGCCCCGCUCUCCAGAGACGGUGCCCCAUUAGAGCCGAGGAGGGCGAGACAGAAGGAGCCCGUGGCGGCGUGUGCGGGGUGAGUGACCCCGGGCACUGCACCGGGCGUGCGCUAACACGGACACUGCUCAGAGCGUCUCUCUGGAGCAGACACCCGUGGCCCCCACUGCACUCAGAGCUCCGCUGCGCUGUCCGGAGCUGGGGCGAGGCUGCUGUCAAAGCCUGA